AUGAGGAAAAAAUGUUUGUUCUUUUGCUUUAUACUUCUGACUGUGAUAACAAACCAGAUAGUACAUGGGCAAAACAGAAGAAAAGGAAAGAAUAUUUACUCUCAUGUGCUAAAAGAUGAAGGUGAUGUGUGUCUCAUUGAUAUAGCCUUUAUCAUAGACAGUUCAGAAAGUGUCAAAAAUCAGUUGUUUGAUGUACAGAAGAAUUUUGUUCAAAACAUAACUGACAGAAUUUUCCAGAUGAAGCCAGUUAAGUCUCACAUGUAUAGUGUCAAACUAGCAAAUAUGCAGUUCAGUAGCACAAUCAGCAUUGAUCAUCCUUUUACAGCCUGGAAAAAUGUCCAGAAUUUUAAGGAGAAAAUCAAUUCUCUGGGCUUUAUUGGCCAAGGCACUUAUUCCUAUUAUGCAAUUUCAAAUGCCACUCAUCUGUUUAAAACUGAAAGUCAUAAGAGAAGUGUGAAAGUGGCUUUUUUGAUGACUGAUGGUGUGGAUCAUCCAAACAGCCCUAAUGUCCAGGGUAUAGCCACAACAGCUAGAAGUCUUGGGAUACAUUUUGUUACCAUUGGCCUUUCUAAGAAAGCAAUCCAAGAAGAAAAACUGCGCAUGAUAUCUGGUGAUUCAUCCUCUAAACAUGUCCUGUGCCUGGAUGAUCAGAAUCUGGUAGUUGAUGUAGCAUUGGAACUGGGUAGCAAAGGGGAGAAAGGUGACCCAGGACCAAAAGGAAACAAGGGUGAUGCUCAACAAGGAGAUCAUGGAGAGAAAGGGGAAGACGGAGCUCCUGGCUACAAGGGAGACAAGGAUGAAAGAGGAGAAUGUGGACCCCCAGGACCAAAAAGAGGAAUAGGUUUCCAGGGCUCUGUGGGCCCUACGGGACCUCGGGGACCUCAGGGUAUCAGGGGAGAUCCAGGUCAGCAAGGUCCAAAAGGCAUGCAAGGAAACAAGGGAGUACAAGGCCCUCCAGGUCCAUAUGGUCCUGCAGGACCCUCUGGUAUUGGAGAUCCAGGACCCAAGGGUAUACAGGGUCCACCAGGAAUCCCUGGGCCAAAAGGCUCUAAAGGUUCUGGUUGGCCAAGACCAAAGGGUGAACCAGGUAACACUGGACAAAAAGGAGAACCAGGACUUCCAGGAAUUAGCUCAUCAGGAUGUAAAGGUGACACAGGUCUACCAGGACCCCCAGGAGAGCAGGGGGUGAAAGGAGAGAAUGGGCUGUCAGGGAAAAAGGGGGAAAAGGGAGAUGAAGGCCCAGAAGGACCCCCUGGCAAAGGAUUUGUAGGUCAAAAGGGUGACCCUGGAGAAAAAGGAUCCAAAGGAAUGGUUGGUCUUACAGGACCAAGAAGCCAAGCUGGACCACAAGGUGAUCUCGGAAAGUCAGGACCCCCUGGUGCACCUGGAUCAUCUGUUUGGGGACCUCCUGGACCAAAGGGGGAUCCAGGACACAAGGGUCCACCGGGAGAUGAUGGACAUCCUGGGAAUUGAAUAAUGGGACCAACGGGUCACAUAGGACCACCUGGACCACCUGGACCCCAAGGAGCAAAAGCUGACAAAGGUGACAAAGGUGAAGCUGGACGUCCAGGAACAGCAGGCCAUGAAGGACCAAAAGGAGUAAAAGGCAAGGGAGAUGCUGGACCAAAGGGAGACUGUGGAAUUAAAGGCGAUCCUGGGCCGCCAGGGCCUCCAGGAUGGGGACAUAUGGGUCCCAAGGGUAUUAUGGGAUGUAAAGGCUUGUCUGGUCUACCGGUCCCUGGCACCAGCAUGCAAGGAGACAAGGGAGAGAAAGGAAGUAAAGGUUUUCCUGGACCAAAGGGAUCAAUAGGAACUGGCCUUCCUGGACAAAAGGGAGACUAUGGAGAUAAAGGUGAUCCGGGGAGCAAAGGUGCCAAAGGAGAGAUUGGAGACCCAGGACCUCCAGGGCCAAAGGGAUCUGGGGGAAGAAAAGGUAAACUUGGUCUUUCAAGAGAAGAUGCUAUCAGACUUAUCAAUGAAAUAUGUGGUUGUGGUAUCAAAUGUAGAACAACGCCUCUGGAACUAGUAUUCGUCAUUGACGGCUUGGAAAGUGUUGGACCAGAUAACUUCAAUAUUAUCAAAACCUUUAUGAAAACAUUCAUUGACAAGGUUUCAGCCAACCAUGCUACAACCCGCAUUGGCAUUAUCAACUUCAGCCACAGAGUGGACCUGGUGUCUUCUCUGAAGCAAUACACAAGCAAAGAGUCCCCGAAAUCAACUGUUGACAAGAUGCCCUACUUAGGAGAAGGCACGUACACAGCUUCUGCUGUCCAAGAAGCCAUUCACUUAUUCCAGGCAGCGCGCCCGGCAGUAAGGAAGGUGGCUGUUGUAAUAAUGGAUGGACAGGCAGACAGUCGUGAUAAAGUACAGCUGGACACUAUAGUAAGAGAGGCCCAUGAUGCAGAUAUUGAGAUGUUUGUCAUUGGGAUUGUGCAAAGGACUGAUCCUUAUUAUGAUGACUUCCUGAAAGAAAUGCAGCUCAUUGCAACAGACCCUGAUGAAGAACAUGUUUACCAGAUAGACGACUUUAUAACACUUUCAGUUCUUGAAAUUAAACUGAUCACAAAAAUCUGUGAGAACGAGUCUGCAGAGUACACCAGAAAAUAUAAUAUUUUAUAUCCUUCUCCAAGUCCGGAACCUGAAAUUGCCAAGAAAGAUGCUAAUAGCCUGUUACCUAAAAUGACCACUUCAGAGAUUGAUAUGCUUCCUACAGAAGGAAUUAGUAACCCACGUAGUCCAUCACAAUCCAGAUACACUGAGUCUCUGCCAUCUGCUCAGGACCACAAUGUGACCACCUCUGCUCACAGAGAAUCAAUACUUCCCCCAAUUUAUAACAUGUCUGAAAUCAGACACCUGAGUCCAGUUGUCAGUCCUUUUGUUGGUGGAACUGCUACUGAAGAUCACCAGCCAGCUGCGUGGCAGAGGUAGCAAGAGCCCGAAAAAGUGAAUCCAAGGUGCUUGGAACCUAUGAAACCAGGGGAUUGUUGGAACUACACGGUAAAAUGGUAUUAUGACAAGGUUGGCAAUUCUUGUGGCCAGUUCUGGUAUGGAGGCUUUAAUGGUACAAACAAUAGAUUUGAAACUGAAAAAGAAUGUCAAGAAACCUGUGUUGAUUGA